CAUUUUGCGUCAUCGGAGGCUUUUUUGGCCAGAGGCUUAAAACUACAGCCAGUAAUAGCAGGUAGUUCCGCAUUUUUUCACCACGCCCAUAUGGGGUGGGAUCUCACUCACAGAAUGUAAAGAUAGUGUCAGCCAUCUUUCUGUAGAAGCUAAGCUAACAGGCUGUGGAGAAAGUUAUGACAAUGGCGGAAGGUAGUUUUGAAGUUGAAAUGGCAGAAGGGGAUUUUGAAGAAUUGUUACGAGAAGCGGAUGUUCACGGCUACCUGUACGAGCUGCAAUACAGCGACGAACAGUUGCGGAUGAUGGAGGAACAAGAGGCGGUUAGAGCAGCUGCUGCAGCAGAGGAGCAAGACCUGCUUGGCGCUCGGGAGGAAGAGCCCGGGCAGACUCGAGCUGGGACGAACUGGUGGUGUCAGUGCUCUCGCUGUGCGCCUAUGGACAGUGAAAGAGAAUCCUAUUGCUGUCGCGAAUUUCAACGAUGCCAUUUUCUUCUGGACAAGAUCACGGAAUCCAUUGAUGAAACGGCACCGCUAGCAUGCGUAACCGAGCACCCUAGUUUUGAACCACACAUGGACAGGGGGGUCCUGGAAACCUAUUUCAGGAUCUCGAAGAUAAAUUGGAAACGCCAGCCAAGGCCCGCAGGGACAAACGGACGGCUUAGUGUAAAACAAUAUCAUCUAACAGCCUACCGUCACUUUAUGGAAUGGGUCCUGCAAGGCGAGAGACUGGGGAAAGGUUAUCGUCUUGUUUUGCCAACCUGUGUUGUUCAGGAUAUCAGACGCAGAUAUCCAGCUCCUGACGGGCAAUACUGUGGAUAUAAGGAAACUGCUGAAGCUCUGGAAGAGCUUUGAGUGUGAAAGUGUUUAUUAUUUAUUUAUUUUUAAUAAAAAGUUAUAACUCUGGUUGUGGUUGGUUGUGGUUCUUGUUAAAAACAUUUAGUGUUGCUACAUUAGAGUAUGUGUUAGCCUAUUAUACUACAUGGUCCUGCCUUGCAUCAUCUUUUUAAUGUGAAAGUCUAAGUCUACAUUAGGCUCACUGUUUUAACCCAGAAUAAAUUCUAAGAAGGGAAAUAAUGCAGGUAGUUUGUGUACAGUAAGUAAUUACAGCAAAAUCAGUGACUGUAACCAUUCAGCCUCCCUCCACAAGUCUAUAAUGUAGAACUUUAG